AUGACUUCCAGAUGUGCUGGGUUUGAUGGAUUUGGGGAGGGGCAUUGUGGGUGGGUUAAAUAUCUUGGAUUACAUAAAUGGGGCCAGCUCAGUCAAACCGUGACUUUAGAACACAAACGUUUACACAGUCCACCAGCAGAAACCAGACACAGAGGAACACUGGAAACACCAGGGAGGAUGGGCUGGGUUGCUCUGCUCCUGAUCCUCUGGGCUGUACCCCUCUGUGAAGCUGGUAAAAUCCUGGUUUAUCCUAUCGACGGAAGCCACUGGCUGAACAUGCGCAUCCUGGUGGAGGCGCUGCAUGCUCGCGGUCAUGAGAUCACCGUGCUGCGCUCCUCCACCAGCUGGUACGUGACGGAACACUCUCCUCAUUACACGUCCAUCACCAUCGAGCAGCAGAAACGACAGAAUCUGGAGGACCAGGACUUCAUGAGCUCCUUCCUCACCAGGUCAAUGGAGAUCCGUCGGAACAGAGGCUCCAUCUGGGCCUUCAUUGAAUUCUACAAGAACCUGUUCAACAUGAUUAGAGAGAACCAGGUGGUGGUAGCCAAGUUUGUGGUGACUAUUUUUGAGAAUAAAUCUUUGAUUAAGCAGCUAACAGAUGCAGGCUAUGACCUGUUUCUGACAGACCCAGCAUUCCCUGGAGGAGUGAUGCUUGCCCAUUAUCUAAAGCUGCCCACAGUGUUUAAUGUCCGCUGGAUUUUUAAUGGAGAUGCUCACUUUGCCAUUGCUCCCUCCCCUCUCUCUUUUGUGCCACAACUCUGCUCUCAGUUCACAGAUAAAAUGGACUUUGUUCAGCGACUAUCAAACGUCUGUUACCACUGCAUCCUGAUCUACAUGCUUCACUUUGUGUCCAACCCCCCGUACCAGGCUGUAUGUGACCGUUACUUUGGCCCUGGUGUGGAUGUCAUGUCUCUGAUGCAGGGAGCAGACAUGUGGCUCAUGAGGACAGACUUCAUAUUUGACUUUCCUCGACCUUCCAUGCCAAACGUGGUGUACAUUGGGGGUUUCCAGGUAGAACCCAGCAAUGCGCUGCCCUUAGAUUUGGAGGAGUUUGUAGAGAGUUCAGGAGAACACGGGGUAAUCAUUAUGACUCUGGGCACAUUGCUGGGAGACCUUGGCCCAGAGAAGUCAGAGAUGUUUGCGGCAGCAUUUGCAGCACUGCCUCAGAAGGUUAUCUGGAGACAUCUGGGUCAGAAGCCAGAUUCUCUGGGAAACAACACUAGGCUGCUCCACGUGCUGUAUAGCAUACAGGGAUAG